UUUCCAACAAGCUAAUAACAAUUUUUUGGAAGUAAAUUAUGCUUGUUGAGCACUGAAUGAAUUGCGAGCAUAGUGUAGAAGUUGAUAACGUUUCCUAUAAUUUCUCGUCUUCGAUCAUGCGUCGUUUUAGUCUGUCACUGCACUUCAUACGAAGAAAAUGUCUGCCUUUUCCUUGGAUGAGGCAAUCAAAAAUAUUAGAGAUGAAAGAGCUAUUAAUCAACUUGUUGGUUCAUUAGAGAAAUCUUUAGAGCGUCAAUCGGGUUCUGUGCAAUAUAGGAAUGGCAAAUGUGAUUUAAUAGAAUCGUGUGAUGACUUGACGACAUCAGCAAAUGAUUCACAAAAUAAUGUGUCUUCGUUAUCAUCUAUAACAAAUAGCGCAAAUCUCACAAAAUCAAUUGAAACAAAUAUAAUUAAUAGUAAUGCUCAGUCGACUUUAAACAAUAAUAAUAAUCACAUACAGCAGCACCAUAAUAAGCAUCAAAUUCAGCAAGGAGGAGGAGUCAUAAGUCAUCAGCAAAUUUUUACAAAUUUCGUUGCUGCUGGACAUCAGCAAAUCAACAACAUUAACAACAAUAGUAAUAAUAAUAAUAACAAUCGCAGUCAGGAUCGUUUAACAAAUAUGCCAAAGAAUGAACCUGUGAAAUUAGCAUAUCCUACGACACAGGCAUCGAAUAUAGUGACUAUGAAUAAUAAUCGUGUCACAUUUACAACAAGUUCCGCUCCCGUUCAAAAUGGUACAAUAACAUUAUCACCAAUGACUGCAAAUCAAUUGACUCAACCAAAUCAACAGCAGCAAGCUACCGUCAUGCAACAACGUGCUGGUCAGCAAGCUCCAACAUUAAUCUUUAAGAAUGCAAGUAGUUCGGCACAAGGCACGUUGACUUCAACGCCGGUUACGUUUACAAAGGCAAAUAGUCAGGGUACUGGUUCGAACAUUGUUGCACUACCGAGUAAUUUAUUGGUAAAUAUUCGACCACAGACAGCAGCUGGUGCUCAAAAUGUGCAAAAGAACACGGUUGGACAGCAGCGUGUGGUGAAUGUUAUAAAUCAACCAAUGGUUAGGCCACAAAGUAAUACGUUCAUUGCGGGCUAUCAUAGAGACAACACAAACUAUUAUUCAGGCAACCAGAUAACACUUUCUGGCCUUCCGCAAAAUGUGCAAGGCAAUACGAUACUGCUGAAGCAAGAUAAUGGCUCUUAUCAACUGUUAAGAAUUAGUACGCAGCCAGGAGCUCAAGUAACGCCAGGCUUAACGCCGACUGCUGGAAGUACUAUUCGUUUACAGACCGUACCCGCUUCUUCAAUAGCACCAAGUAGUACGAUCUUAGUAAGCACAUCAUCAGCAAAUCAACAGCAGCAACAACAGAUUCUCACGACUCAAUCUACGCCUGUUGUUUCUGUUUCCCAAGUGCCCGCUCUUACAACGACCCAUACACAUCAAGUACAAAGUCAACCUACUCCGACAGUUGUUGUACAGCAAACAGGAACAAAUUCAUCCAUUAAUACAACAUCGACAGGAGGUGUCGUUGUGACUCAAUCACCCGCUCAACGAAAUGAUAAUGCCAAAGAAAAGUGUCGUAAAUUUCUGACAAAUCUUAUUGAUUUAUCGAAACGUGAACCAGCACAGGUGGAAAUGAAUGUAAAAACACUGAUACAAGAAUUAGUCGAUGCAAAUGUCGGGCCAGAGGACUUUUGCAAAAAAUUAGAAAAUUUACUCAAUGCUGCACCUCAGCCGUGUCUUGUUGGAUUCCUUAAAAGAAGUCUUCCUCUUUUGAGGCAAUCUCUUGUGACGAAAGAGACAGUAAUAGAAGGAAUUAAUCCGCCAAGUCCGAGUGUGGCGUUUUCAGGAGCGACGAUAACAACAACUCAAAUUCCCGCCCAGAUACGUCCGAUAGGUCAAACAGUGAUGUCAGGAAUAGGCCAAACGCAAAUACGAAUGGUGCAGCAUGGACCAAGAAUAGGACAAACUACAAUUAGACCAACAACGCCGCAACAAAUUGUGAGAACAGCCACUCCGACAAUGAGACCAUUAACAACAAUUAGAGGACAAACGACUAUUGUGCAAACGCAAGCAAAUAAUCAACAAGUGCCGGCACUUCAUCCUGUGGGUGGUACGACGAUAAUUUCUAGUGGAACUGCUCAGAUUCGUUCUCAAGCUUCGCCUAACAUAACACGUCCACAAAAUCAAGCGUCGUCUGUUCAGAUACGACCCACGGGUACGCAAGUGCGUGCACAAAAAGUCCCGUCACUUCCAAACUCUUCUUCCGUUCAAGUGACGAAAUCGCAAGCAUCUACCGGUGCGCAAUUAAAACAAAUUGUAACUAAUAAUAAUGUAAAUAUCAAUAAUAACAAUAAUACAAAAAAUAACAACAAGAAUCAAGUUUCCAUCGCUGUGGUUUCAACAAUAAAUAGCACACACGUGACGAAUAGUAAACCGAGCACUACUAGUCCCAAUAAAUCACCAAUUAAAUCUAAUGCUAUUUCUAAUUCCCAUCCUUCCACGACACAAUCAUCCACGACUCCUACAAAAUCACCAACAUUCAAUAAUAAUAAUAAUAAUAAUAAACCGCAUCAUGAAAAUAAAAAAUCUCAGGGUUCAGCUCAAAAGGCGAAGGAUAAGAAGACCUCAUUAGCAUCAGUUGUAGCUGCGACAGCAUCAAGUGGGAGCGGUUCCAAUUCAAUAUCAAAUAACUUCUUUCCAACAUUCGGUGAUGAUGAUAUUAAUGAUGUCGCGGCUAUGGGUGGCGUUAAUUUGGCUGAAGAGAGUCAAAAAAUUCUCGGAUCGACUGAGUUUGUCGGCACACAGAUACGUUCAUGUAAGGAUGAAGUCCUUCUAAAUCUUUCCGUGUUGCAACAACGUAUUAGGCAACAAAUGGCUCGUCAUGGACUUGACGAGCCCUCGACUGACGUAGCAGUUCUCAUAUCUCACGCAACACAGGAGCAUCUUAAAAACAUUAUCGAGAAACUGGCGGUGAUAGCUGAACAUAGGAUAGAUAUUCUAAAGAUGGACAACAGAUACGAAAUGACAACAGAUGUUCGUGGACAAAUUAAAUUCUUAGAAGAACUAGACAAAGCCGAGCAAAAACGUCACGAAGAGGUGGAGCGUGAAAUGCUAUUACGUGCUGCAAAAUCACGAUCAAAAACAGAAGAUCCAGAGCAAGCAAAACUCAAAGCAAAAGCGAAAGAGAUGCAGAGAGCUGAAUUAGAAGAGAUGAGACACAGAGAGGCAAAUAAUACAGCCUUACAGGCCAUCGGUACGAGAAAACGAAAGAUUGAUUCUGAAUCAGCAACGUCAUUGACUGGAAAUGGAACGAAUGUCGGCUCAACGCCUAUGGUUAAAACAACAGCAGCACCACGUCCUCGUAUAAAAAGAGUUAACAUGAGAGACAUGAUAUUCUAUAUGGAACAAGAAAAGGAUACAUGUCGUAGCACAAUGCUUUAUAAAGCAUAUCUCAAGUGAUUUUCAGCUGUUUGGUUUUGCUACGAGACGAACUUGUUAUUAAAUUUUUCUGUUGCUUGUUUAACAUUUCAUUAGAAAUUUAAUUUAUGAAUUUUUUUUCCUUUCUGUUUAUUAAUAUAAUUUUUUUCUAAUAUAAUACAAUUAACUAAAUGCUGUAAAUCUUACAAAACAAACAAAAAAUAAACAUUAGGGACAUGAAUAUGAACCAAAAGUUAAGCGUGGCGGAUUGAGGAAAAGAAUAAUUAUGAUUUCUUUACAAUUUUAGUGCAUUUCUAAUCGAAUUAGACGGUAUAGUCCGCAUUCUGUUCGUCUGUCUGUCGUGUCACUGCUCAAAUUUAUUGGUUUUCAAAAAUAAAGGUUUUCAAAAUUUGAAUAUUUUAUUUGAACAAAUUUGAAUUUUUUCCGGUCGUUAGAUUUUGAAUCUAAUUUUACCGUUGAAAUUUGAAUCUUUGCAAGGAAAUUGCGCUAACAUCAAAAAUAAUUUUCCCAUGCAAUAGAAAAUGAAGGAAGAAAAACUGAUAGUUGUUAAUCUAUAAUUUAAAUAGUUUUAAGUAAGACAGAGACAUCAAAUUCUUUUUCAUCUUGAUACAAUUAAGAGGAUGCUCGAACGCCACUAGAAGUCAAUUUUUUUAAAGCCUCUAUCGGCACUGAUAAUAAUUUGAAGGAAAAAAAUUAAUUAAAUGAAAAAACAAAUAAAAAACGUGGAAUGAAUAUUAGAAAUUUAGUUUAGCCUAAAUUAAUUACUGUAUAAUAUUAAUAUAAUGAGAAAAACAACAGAGAAGAAUAUUUAGUUUAAGAAUGUCAUUUUUUAUGAAGCUCUAGCAUGCAAAGGGUGUAUCACUCUUGAUCACUGAAUUAAGACAGUCAUUACAGCUACAAUAGAAUUUAGAGAUGUAAAACGUUCCCCAAAUCCGUCUCUGGAUCUCUAGAUUCAAUCUGACAUUCAGAUUUUUAUGUUUGAGAUCUCAAUUGUUGCUGCUUCAAAAAACCACUUAAGUUUUGAAUGCUUAAGGUCUCUCAAACUUAAAAGAACAAGUCUACAGGCUGAAGUAAAGUAGACAAAAACCAGGGUUUUUGGGGGGGUUAACAUUAUUUCUAAGCGACCCCUUUGCAUGUUAGGGAUGAAACUUUUCAUGCUAUUUCAUUCGUUCUGUAUCUGUUUCCUUUUGUUUUAUGUUUGGACUUAAAAAAUUCUUUUGAGUCAUUUAAAAAUUAUGAAUUUUAACGGUUUUUAAAAAUUUGAAAACAACGGGUUUUAAUUUUUUGAAAACUAGUGGUUUUCAAAAAUUUGAAAAUUCGACAUUUUUAAAAAUUUGAAAAUCUUUAAAACUCAACGGUUUUAGGUAUAAAAACUUUCUUUUUUUUAUAAUUUCAAAAAAGUAAAAUGAAAAAAAAUGUUGGGGAUAUAUAAAAUAAAUUGUGUGCUGUGAUACAAUUUAUGCAACAAAACUGAAGUAAUAGUUUGUUUUUUUGAUAUGAAAUAGGCCCAGAAAAUUUAUGUAAUUCACUGCCUCUAAAAAAAUGAAGAAAAAAAGAAAAGAACUUUACAAAACGUGACAAGCAAGAAAACUGAUUAAAAAUUAAAGAGAAAUAAAUUUGUAUAAAGCAACACAGUCAUUUCUCAUUACAAACAAAUAACGGAUUAUCCCUCAUUAUAAAGUCAGUAAAAAAAGAUAUGAAAAUUGAUAAGAAUUUUUACAAAUCUGUACAUUAUUAUAGUUUUUAAUAGUUGAUAAAAAGAAAAUGAAACUGAAAAAAAAAGAAAUGAAAUUUCACUAUGUAUGUAAUUAAUGCGAAAAAAAUGAAGAAAUAAGUUUUAACUCCUUAAAAAAUUGAGAAAAUGAAUAAAAAAAAAUCUUGUUAUAUUCAAAAGCAUAUUGUGCAUAAUAUUUAUCAGAAAAAGGGAAGAAUUAACAAAGAAAAACAUACAAAAAAAUAAAUGAAAUGGUA